AUGAGCAUGCCAACAACGCUCGAUUACUCAAAGACGACGGCAUCCGUCGAAAACACUGGCCUCUUAGAUAUUCUUCUUUCUCUUCAACAUAUCAGCGGUAUUUUCUUAGCCCCCAUCAUAGCCAUUGUUGGGUGUACCAACAACAUUCUAGUGUUUAUUGUGCUAUCCCUACCGCAAUACCGGAAACACGUCAGCUGUCUCUACCUCAGAGUUCUGGCAAUCGUGGAUAGUGUUACGCUUCUUGCUAUAGCUGCAAUCAUGACAAAAGACGCUACGCCUACAUUGAUUGCUAAGCUCGGGGACCCAUUUUGCAUGAUACUGGGCUUUGUCAUCAACUUCACUCCGGAGCUUUCAUCAUGGAUAAUUGUGGCUAUAACCUCCACACGCUUUAUCGCCGUCGUGUUUCCGCUAAAAGCUGCAACAUGGACGACAUCCAAAUCGGCUAAGAUCUACCUCAUCAGUUUAGUGGUCGUUUUCACCGGAUUUGCAACACCUGACCUGAUAUAUACGCGGGUACCCCGUGGACUAACCGGUGGACAUCCCUUUGAAUGUGUCAUGUUGUCUCCACUUAUGGCAUCUACCUCUGUUACCGCCAGCUACCAUAACAAAGCUACACAAUCGGACCCAAACAAGCUCCUAGAUAUUUUUUUCUCACUUCAAUAUGUCAGCAGUCAUUUUCUGGCCCCAAUAUUAGCAGCCGUUGGCUGUAUAAACAACAUUCUAGUGCUUAUUGUACUAUCCCUACCGCAAUACAAAAAACACGUAAGUUGCCUCCAUCUUAGGAUUUUAGCGGUCGUGGACAGUAUCACGCUCUUAGUCUUAGCUAUCGCAAUGAGGAAAGAUGCAUCAGCGUUGGUUGCCAAAUUAGGCGACCCGGUCUGCGCCAUCUUCGGCUUUAUCACAGGCAUUUCUCCAGAGAUGUCCUCUUGGAUCAUUGUAGCAAUCACUUGCACUCGAUUCAUAGCCGUAGUGUUUCCGCUAAAAGCGGCAGCUUGGACGACAUUCAGAUCAGCGAAGAUCUACAUCGUCACGUUAGUAGUCGUUUUGAUAGGAUUUAAUUCCCCAAACUUAUUAUAUGUUCGCGCAAGCGGACAUGAUGGAAAACAUGGAUCGAAAUGUGUCAUGAUGAUUCCACCCGAAGUUGGUGAAAACCUGGAGCUGGCCCAUUCACUUGCAGCCUUCUUAGUACCAUUCUUCUUUCUUCUCCUCCUAAACGUUUCAAUAUUCAUCAGUAUGUGUCAGAGAAAAAAUCGAGCGAUAGAGAUACGUUCGGCGAAGAGUGACACAAACGAUAGGAAUGUAAUGGUGAUGCGAGUGAUGAUCGCGUGUUAUUAUUAG